GCACACCGGAUACGCAGGCCGUGUGGCACCCAGCCCACGGCAGCACGGAGAGUUUAUCUUCGCCCGGCUUAGUCGCGCAUGGCAGCGCUAGCUACGAGCUGAUGGAGACUCGUCGGUGGCUAGCCGUUAGCGAGGACUAAGCCUGUCACCUGCCAUAGUCCCGUAAACCUGGUCGGUGUGCGAGACCCCGUUAGCCUGUCCCGAUUCCCAAAGCGUUGCAAACGGUCCGGAUGGUAUGUCUCAGCAGCGUUUCCGUGGUAACGCUCCUCCAGCCACACCUCCAGUGUUGCGGGGCCCCUCCCCUCUGCUGCGGACCCCGCCCCCCUUCGCCAUGCUGCAGAGGCCGCCAUUUCUGCCGCCGCCGGGCAGCUCCAUGCCGCCCCCCCCGGGCCUAACUCCCCCCCCAGGCCUGCUGUUCCCCCCCGGCCUGCCGCCCGCCCCCACACCCCCCGACCGCAUCUGGGUGGAGAACAAGACUCCAGAGGGCAAGGUGUACUACUAUAACGCGCGGACGCGUGAGUCGGUGUGGACCAAGCCGGAGGGUGUGAAGGUGAUCCAGCAGGCGGAGCUUACCCCCUUCAUCACCCCCCAGGGGCCAAUGGGAAUGCCCGGCCUGCAGAGCGGCAGCAGCAGCCACCAAUCAGCUGUGGAGUCGUCCCAGAGCCCGCCCCCCUCCCCCUCAGCCACUGAAGCCCCCGUGACCACGCCCUCCAGUGUCAUGGUGACGCCUGUGGCCUCGGUGACUGUUCCCACGGUAACAGCAGUGGUGACGGGUGUCCCGUUGCCCCCUCCUCUCGCUGCCCCUGGCAACCACAUGCCCCUCCCCCCCGUCAUGGUGCCACCAUUCAGGGUUCCAAUGCCCUUACCGCUACCAGGUAUGCUUCCUGGCAUGGCCCCGCCCCUAGUUCCCAUGAUGCCCCACCAGAUGCCGAUGACCUCAUCCAUCAGACUGGGCAUGUCAGAGUGGGCGGAGUUUAAGACCCCGGAAGGGAAACCGUAUUACUACAACCACCGCACACGCGAGACCACAUGGGAGAAACCAGCAGUGGAAAAAGAGGCGGAGCCGGACUCCAGUGCGGAUGCUGAUGACGCUGAGCUCAUGGAUACGGACGAAGACAAGAGCAAGACUGAGCUACCAGACCACAAGGAGGAGAGAAAGGAGGAAGAGAUGACUGAAGAGGAGAAAGCUGCUCAGAAAGCUAAACCAGUGGCUACCACCCCCAUCGCUGGAACACCAUGGUGUGUGGUGUGGACAGGUGAUGAUCACGUGUUCUUCUACAACCCGACGACGCGCAUGUCCAAGUGGGAGCGUCCGAGCGAGCUGAUUGGUCGAGCAGAUGUGGACCGCUGCCUCCAGGACCCGCCCCACAAACACACACCUUCACUGGAGACCCCCAAACCAGUGAUGGUGAUAAAGAAGGAGGAGCCAGAGGUGGGGCCUCCUGAUGAGGAGGAGGAGGGGGAGGAGCCAAUCAGACCUAAGAAGAGGAAGCAGGAGGAACCAGAGAAGGACCCAGCAGUGGAGGCGGAGCUUAAAGCAGCACGAGAGAGAGCCGUCGUUCCCACGGAAACACGCAUGCAGCAGUUUAAAGACAUGUUGCUGGAACGUGGAGUGUCUGCCUUCUCUACUUGGGAUAAGGAGCUGCAUAAGAUCGUCUUCGAUCCACGCUACCUCAUACUGACCCCUAAAGAGAGGAAACAGGUGUUUGAUCAGUAUGUGAAGACUCGUGCAGAGGAGGAGAGGAAGGAGAAGAAGAAUAAGAUGCUUCAGGCCCGCGACGACUUCAAGACCAUGAUGGAGGAGUCCAAACUCAGCCUCAGGAGCACGUUUAGUGAGUUUGCGGCGCGGCACGCUAGGGACGGGCGCUUUAAGGCCGUGGAGAAGAUGAAGGAGCGAGAGGCGCUCUACACGGAGCACAUGGCCGCCCUGCGCAAGGACAAGGACGGCAGCAGGAGCCGCCAGGACAAGGUGCGGCAGGAGUUCUUUGCGCUGUGUGAGGAGGUGUGUGUGGAGGUUGGGCAGCGCUGGAGUAAGCUGAAGGAGAAGCUGGAGGAGGAUCCGCGCUGCAGAGCCGUCGAGCCACACGCACGAGAGGACCUCUUCAAGGCAUACACAGAGCAGCUGGCCAAGAAGCCGUCGUCGGAGGCGGCGCGGGCAGCGCGGGCGGAGGCCAGUCUGAGGGAGCGCGAGAGGGAAGUGCAGAAGGCCCGCAGCCAGCAGAGCCGUGAGAUCAGCAGAGAGAGAGAGCAGCACAAGAGAGAAGAGGCCAUCCAGUGCUUUAGAGCCCUCAUGUCUGAUAUGGUGCGCACGCCGGACGCGUCGUGGUCGGAUACGAGGCGUGCGCUGCGGAAGGACCACCGCUGGGACUCGUCGUCGGUGCUGGAGCGCGAGGAGCGCGAGCGGCUCUUUAACGAGCACGUGGAGGCGCUCGCCAAGAAGAAGAAGGAGCUCUUCAGACAGCUGCUGGAUGACACGCAAACCAUCACUCUGACCACCUCA